AGAUUUCUCGAGAUGUCGUAGCAGCGCGGAAAAGAAAGAAACCAAGAUGCUGUUCUACUCAUUCUUCAAGUCCCUAGUUGGCAAAGACGUAGUCGUGGAGCUGAAAAACGACUUGAGCAUCUGUGGAACAUUACACUCAGUUGAUCAGUUUUUGAACAUCAAGUUGACAGACAUCAGUGUUACAGAUCCUGAGAAGUACCCACACAUGCUGUCAGUGAAGAACUGUUUUAUCCGUGGCUCGGUGGUUCGGUAUGUGCAGCUCCCAGCAGAUGAGUGUGACACACAGCUCCUACAGGACGCGGCCAGGAAAGAAGCAGCGCAAAACAAACAAUGAUGACAGACAUACAUAAACAGAACUAUGUCAGCUUUACUAUAUCAAAGACUCACUCUUUGCAAACCUUUUCUUUUGGCAAAUUUUUAAUGAAAAAAAAAGACCAUGGUAGCAGCCCUUUGUUCUUAUAACCUUUAAGUUUUCUAGCCAGAAGAAGAUUUUGUUUUAAAUCCUUUCCAAAGAUUAUGAAUCAGGGAUGGAGCCUGGUUUGACGGUUGUAAGAAAGAGAUGUCAGUUCUAACAUGGUCUAAUUGCUGUAUAUAUCAGCUAUUUUUGUCGGACAUAAGAGAUGCAAAGAUCAGUUUUGUAUUUGCAAAAUGAUUUGAGAUACUGGAAAUGGUACCUGUAAGGUAAUCUUGGUACAAGAAGAGUCAAGUUUUCAUGUUGUACAUUAUUCAGAUAGCUAAGACUAAGAGGCUUCUUUUGUUACAUUGUUCUUUGAGGAAGAUCAGUUUAUAUGAACAUAAAUUACCAUAGACUGUAAGUCAUAUGUUAUGUGUUAUCUUAGUUGUUAGCAUUGGUUAUUUUCUGUUAGACUGCCCCAAAGGAUAUAGUACAGAUGUACUAUGAUGCUGUAUUAGUGUAAUGAAAGGUUACUGGACUGAGACAGAAAUAAACAUCAAUCAUGUGUAACUUAUCACUGGAAA